GCCAGAUCCAGAGGCCGGGCGGGGCGAGCGUGGAGGCGGAAGUUUGCGGUCGGCCUGAGGGGGACGGCGCAGGCACCGGGAGCCACUUGUCAGCGGUUCUCCGAGGUGGAGGCAGCGCGCGUCCGGAGUUUCUUUCAUUUUCUGGAGUCGGACAGUGAACCCUGGGAACCAUGAGCAACUACACCGUGUCCUUGGCUGGCCCAGCUCCUUGGGGUUUCCGGCUGCAAGGUGGCAAGGAUUUCAACAUGCCUCUAACAAUCUCUAGUCUGAAAGAUGGUGGCAAGGCGUCCCAGGCACAUGUAAGAAUAGGUGAUGUGGUCCUCAGCAUUGAUGGAAUUAGCGCACAUGGAAUGACUCAUCUUGAAGCCCAGAACAAGAUUAAGGGCUGCACAGGCUCUUUGAAUAUGACUCUGCAAAGGUUUCUCCACAUCCCUCGUAUGCCUUUGUGUUGUCUGAUGAGCUUUUCUGUGUAUGCAACAUCUGCCAUCUGUUUGCUGUUGAGGCAUGGUAUCACAUCUGCAAAACUCAACUGGGACCUCAUCUCCUGCCCAUAGUCUCUUCCUACUCAUGCAACGUAUUCAU